CCCCUUGUCUGGAAUGAUCUUCCUCUGAUGUUCCAUCCACCUUACUUUUUCUGAUCUCUUUAUUCAGUGUAGCUUUCAAUUCACCUCAAGCAACGUGUUGGACCUUCCGGAGCUUCUCAGAAGACAGAGGGUUUUCUUUUGAGGUGUGUUUGUCAAAGUGUCUCUGAUGAACCACAACAAGUUUGUCAAGUGCAAGAAGACUUCAGCUGUGCUGGGCUCCAUCAACCCUGUGUACAAUGAGACCUUCAGCUUCAAGGCCGAUGCCACCGAGCUGGAUACCGCUAGCCUCAGCCUGACCGUGGUGCAGAGCAUGGAAGGGGACAAGAGCCAGCAGCUGGGCCGAGUGGUGGUGGGCCCCUACAUGUACACCUGCGGCAGAGAGCUGGAGCACUGGGACGAGAUGCUCAGCAAGCCCAAGGAGCUGGUGAAGCGCUGGCAUGCGCUCUGCCGCACCACGGAGCCCUGACCCUUCACCCAGCACCGUGGUUCUGCUUUGGGAGCCGACCAUCCUCGCAGUUGCACGUGACAGCCACAGCCACACGCAUGGACGUUUCAUCCAACAGCUCCCCGAGCUGCCAGGCCAGCCCGAGCCAGGAGGACGUGAGUGCUGAUAUGCAGGAGAGAAGAGGGGACAAAGAAGUCCUGGCCCGGUCAGCGGCUCUGGCCAUACAGCCUUCCGACACACUCCCUCCUCCUUACCUGCGGGGCUGCCUGGGCUCGGAAUCCCGGCUCCUGGUCCUCACAGCCCUGAUUUGGACCAGAAUCUCAGGUGCUCAGAAGAAAGAUCCUGUUUAGUGAUGACCCAGCUCUACCUGCUGAAUGGACCUGCAGGGUAAACUUGGGUGCCUCCAUCUGGGAAAGCUGAUGAUGUGUUCAUGCAGUCGAUGACCCUCACUGCUUUUUCAGCCAGGGUUUCUCUGCCUUCUGCCUGGCAGAGAAAACACACUGCUAUGGGGAAAAUCACAGGGAGGGCGCUGUGACCAGCGCACUCAGGCACCAAGUGUCGGCAUGGCUCACUGUGCUGGGUGAAGGCCUCCCUGAGCAUUAGGUCCUCCACGGGGCUGUGCCAAAUGCCCUCCCACAUUGUGUCAAGUCUGCCCAUGGCCCACCCUCCUCACAGUCCAAAACCACACAGCCCUGGUUCUCCAGCUGUUCUGCUGCUGUUUCUGUGCUCUCCCUGAUUAAGAGCAUUCAGUUCCUGGGCUCUCCCUUUGAGCAGGAAAUGGUGAAAGCAUGUGGCUAUGGUAUAGCCCACAGGGCUGAGAUUGCUGUGUUGCAGUAUUGAUGUAAAAUUUGUAAAGAAGGAAGUACCCACAAAUCACUGCCAUCAAGUCCCCAGAAGUUGCACUCAAGCUAGUGAGCAGCCCUUGUGCUUGUCACAGUUACUGUAACAGGUAGUGUGUAUUUGCACCUGGCAUCGUGCAGCCUGCACGUCAACACGUUGUUUUGCGUAACUAGAACAGCACAUGGAACCACUAUCUCUUUCUCUUUUUUCCUUCUUUUUCUUUUUCUUUAUUUUAUUUUUUUGAGACAGAGUUUCCCUCUUGUCACCCAGGCUGGAGUGCAAUGGCGUGAUCUCGGCUCACUGCACCCUCCACUUCCCAGGUUCAAGCGAUUCUCCUGCCUCAGCCUCCCAAGUAGCUGGGAUUACUGGCGCCCGCCACCAUGCCUGGCUAAUUUUUUUUAUUUUUAGUAGAGACGGAAUUUUACCAUGUUGGCUAGGCUGGUCUCAAAUUCCUGGCCUCAGGUGAUCCACCUGCCUCAGCCUCCCAAAGUGCUGGGAUUACAGGCAUGAGUCACCGCACCCGGCCCGACCAGUAUCUUUUUCUUAUGCAGUGAAACAACUUUAGCAAAAGAGGCAAUGAAUGUUAUACUGAGUUUGUACCUCUUUAACUCCACCUGCAAUUUCUGUCAAUCUACAAAUACAAGUGUCGCCUCGCAGUGUUUCGUAUGGACAGAAUAUCUUGUGUUUGCUUUUUGUCACUUAUUUCACUUGCACAUUUUGUUUGUUUGUUUGUUUGUUUGUUUGUUUGUUUUUUGAGACGGAGUCUCGCUCUGUCGCCCAGGCUGGAGUGCGGUGGCACGAUCUAGGCUUACUGCAAGCUCCGCCUCCCGGGUUUACUUACGCCAUUGUCCUGCCUCAGCCUCCGGAGUAGCUGGGACUACAGGUGCCUGCCACCAUGCCCUGCUAAUUUUUUGUAUUUUCAAGUAGAGACGGGGUUUCACUGUGUUAGCCAGGAUGGUCUCGAUCUCCUGACCUCAUGAUCUACCCGCCUCGGCCUCCCAAAGUGCUGGGAUUACAGGCGUGAGCCACCACGCCCGGCCCACUUGCACAUUUUCAAAGUAGUCCACAAAGCUGUAGUUUCUAAUAGCUUCAUAGCUCACAUGUAAUAGGGGUUCUCUGUGUGUUUAUAGAGCAGGCUACUACAGUGGAACUGUUUCUGUUUCAUCUGACAUCCAGAUAGAUGCCAGCCACCCCCACAUUCCAAAGUGAGAUUUCUGACUAGCAGUGACUUUUCUAGGGCCACUUGGAAAAGUUGAUAAGUAUCCUUUUCUGCAGGACAGAGUAGACUGGUAUCUCUGACUCAUCCCUGAAAAAUCUAAAUGGCAAGAGACUAGCUGGCUCUCUGAUGGGGAGGAGGUUGUUGUUUGGGCUGUUCUCUACAGACAUAGGGCAAAAAGCAUACGCAUGCUUCCCAUGGACCAGAGAGACCUGGCCUGGGUUGUCUCAAAUCCUGUCCACAAGGCAACUCCAGAAGAAAGAAGCCCUUUACAUUUCCAUAAAACACUUUAGAAUCAGCUAGUCAAUUUCCACAAAAUAAAGUGCUAGAAUUUGAUUGGAUUUAAUUGAUUAUGUAGAACAAUUUGGGGGCCAUUUGACAUCAUUAAAAUAUUCAAUUUUCUUAUUCAUUAACAUGGUAUAUCUCUUCACUUUAAGUCUUUUGUAUGUUUCUCAGAACUAUUUUUGUGGUUUUCAGUAAAGUGUUCUUGCACAUCCUUCAAUAGAUUUAUUCUUAGACGUUUUAUAUUUGUUUAUGGCUAGUAUAUACAGAUUCUGUUGCUACAAAACUAUGUUAACCUUGUUAUCCAGUGAGUGGCCUUGUGACAUUCAUUUAAAUUAUAAUAAUUUGCAGAUUAUUUUUGUAUAAUCAUGUCCUCUGUGAAUGACAGUUUUAUUUCUUCCUUUCUUAAUCUUUAUGCCUUAUUUAGCUCUUGCCAAACUGCAGUGGCUGAGCAAUUGGACAAGAUAAAGAAAUAAAAGUGAUCCAGAUCAUAAAGAAAGAAGUAAAACUGUAUCUGCACAUGACAUAAUCUUGUCUAUGGAAAAUCCUAAGGAAUCCACACACAAAAAAACUACUAGAGCUAAUAAGUUCAGCAAGGUUGCAAGAUAUAAAAUUGGUAUACAAAUUGCAGUGGCUAGGACCUCCAGCAGAAUGCUGACUAUAAGUAGUGAUAGUGGGUAUUCUUGUCUCAUCCUCAAUCUCAGGGGUGGUGGGUGUGGCAUGUGGAGAGUUGUCAAUAUUCACCAUGAAGUUUGAUGGUUGUUAUAGGAUUUUUAAUGUACUCAUUAACAUAUAUUCUCAAGCUAUUAAAAAGUUUUUUUUAAUUACAAA